CACCUUCUCCUCCCAGCUCUAGCUUCGUCCUCCACCCCAGCCUUGGAAGCGCGAUCGCUUGUCUUCACCCCCUCCCCCCCCAUUCCCGGCGUAUUCCUCGCACCCUGACCUUCCCGGGAGCGUCGGGGUGGGGGUGGGGGGCAAGCAAGGUGCGUUCACCUGGGCCCGCCGUCCACGACUAGACUCUGACCGGCAGCCCCGUGGAAGGCGGCGAAGCCUCGGACUGACAUCUCUGCAGUUUCUCUUCCGAUCUCCCUCCCCCACCCCCCGCUCCGGUUUGCCACCCCCGACCUCGUGCGCUUGACCUCUGCACCCUCAGUGGGUUAACGGCGCGGUGGGUCCCGGCUUCCGGACGCGGCCGAGCCGCAGAUCCUGCUCCGGCUGCUACUACCAGCCGUAAGAAGACUCUUACCAUGCCCUUGGUAACGCGGCGGCUGCGAGAUCCUGACGUGAAUCCUUGUUUGUUGGAAUCUGAUGCAUCUACCAGGUGUAUGGAUGAAAACAACUAUGACAAAGAAAGGUGUUCCAGUUACUUCUUGAAGUACAAAAAUUGCCGAAGAUUCUGGAAUUCUGUCAUGGUCCAAAGAAGACAGAAUGGAGUGAAGCCACCUAUGCCAACAGCAGCAGAAAGAGCUGAAAUCUUGGGAGCAAUGGGAAAGCUGCCCUAUUGAAUGUUUGCAUUAAAAUUGUUUGUGUAACUUGGAAGCAGAUGAAUAUUUUAAAUAAGCGAUUGCUGCAAUAUUGAGACUUUUCCCACCUCACCCAGACAGAUCUUAAGUUCUACAAGGGGAGACCAAGGAAUGUUGACCUGUGUCUUUGGUGUUUGCUCUCAGUGCCAUGAUGCUGGCAUGUCAUUGGCUCGCUGUGACACUGAGCUUACAUUACUUCUUAUAGGGCCAAGAGUGUUAGUACAGGUUAUAUGAAGAGUUGAGGUUUUCAAGUACGAUGUGAACAAGUAAAGAAGUAAUGGGCCUGGAGUGAGGGCAGUGUUUCCAAGGAAAUAGGAGAUGGAUGAUGCGGGUAACACUGUGGCAGUUGGAAAGCCCACGUUUGGAGAACUGUCUUUCUGUGGCCCGCUCCCAGUGAGUGGAGCAGUGAUGAGGGAAGGCUGGAGAGGUAAGUUGCAGGUAGCUGUGUGCUGGGCCUUGAAUCCCUGACCUGCUCCUAAAACCUCCUUACUUCACUCAGUUACCUUUCAUUGGUACAUUCGCUACAGGGGAAAUGGUCCUGGAAAGGUUAUCCUAAAGAAGUGACAUGAAAAAGAAGUUUUUCUCUUUAAGGAAAGACUGAGUUAUAAGAUUCUGAGAAUAAAAUCCAUAAACAUUGGAUAGCCCAACCACAGAAAGGGGAAAAAAGAAACUGAUUCCCUCAGGAGUAGGAUUUCUCUUUGUGGGGUGAGGUGGGCAAGGUAGGAUAUAGUGGCGGUUGGGGCAGGGCAGGGAGUUCAGGGAAAUGCAGUACUGGGUUGAGACUAGAAGGUUCUUCAGUAUGGUGACUUGUGGGUUAUGUGCAGCUCUCCGUAGACCCACUGCCUUUUGAAAAUCCAGUUUUUUUCAUUUACAGAAUAAUUUGAAUAUAAAGAAGGUGUUUAUUAUAUAAUAGAAAAUGAAUGAAAUCAAAUUGCUUGUCUCUCUUCUCUUCAUUGGAUCCUGCAUCAACAGUAUUGUUAUUUUUAAAAUAUUUAUUUAUUUUAAAGGCAAAGUGAUAGAGGGAAAGGCAGAGAGCAAUCCUCCAUCCGCUGGUGCAUUCCUCAAAUGGCUGCAAAAGCCAGAUCUGGACCAGGCCAAAACCAGGAUCCAGGACCUCCAUCCUGCCCUCCUACUUGGGUGGCAGGGGCCCAAAUACCUGGUUCAUCUUCUGCUGCCUUCUAGGCAUAUUAGCAGCAAGAAUCAACAUUCCCAUGUGGGAUGCUAGUGUCGCAAGCAAAGAGCAUUAUUUUAACGGCUGCUGGCAGUGAACUGUCCAUUGGAGUCCGUAGCCCAGCUCAGACGUUUUUAAGACAUGUGACCUUCAUUAUUAAAUAGGAUCCUACUUGAAUAAAAAUGGAUUGUUAGAAAAAUUGUUUUGAUUUGUAUUGGCUGUUAUAAAAAUGAUGGAUUAAAAUAGCAGCUGAAAAGAAUUACUACCUAUUUGUGUGACACUCAUUUUAACCCUGCUUGCUUAAGAGUUUAAAAUUUUAAUGGCAUCUCUUUGUACUUACCAGUAUCAGCAUUCGGCUUGUAGCUAUUUGUCCUGACAUAGCUCUUCAGUUUUCAAAUUGUUUCCCACUUUUGCUUUAUUACUAAGCACUUCCUAGACAUGGACAUCUGCCUUAUCACCAAUGCCCUCCUUGUGUGAGCAUUUAUUUCUCUUUGGAAGUGUAUCUAGGACUUGAUUUGCUGGGUCAUAUGGUAACUAAGCUUAACAUUUUGAGGAACUGCCAAACUUUUCCAAAGUGGCCAUACCCUUAUAAUCCAGGAGUACUAUAUAAGGGUUCUAAUUUCUCCACAUCUUUAAUAUUUGUUAUCUGACUUUGGUUAUAGCUAACCAAGUGGAUAUGAACAGGAAUCUGCUUGUGGUUUUCCUCUGCAUGCUCCUGAUGACUAACAAUGUUGAUCAUCUUUUAAUAUGCAUGUUAUUGGUUGUUUGUGUACUGUUAGAUAAAUGUCUAUUCAAGUUCUUUACCCAUUUUUAAAUUUGGUUUUGUUGAGUUGUAAGAGUUAUUAUAUACAAAUACAAGUCCCUUAUAACAUGGUUUGUGAAAAUUUCCUCCCAUGUGAGUUAUAAUUUCACUUUCUGGUGUCCUUUGAAGCACAAAAGUUUUUAAUUUUUAUGAAAUCCAAUUUAUUUUUCUUUUGUUGCUUUUGAUGUCAUCUGUGAAAGCAUUGUCUAAUUCAUGGGCAUGGGCACCUGUUCGAAGAAUUUUAUGGUUUUAGCUCUUACAUUUAGGUCUGUAAUCCACUUUAAUUUUUGCAUAUGGUAUGAGUUAGGAGUCUAACUUCACUAUUGCAUGUAGCUAUCCAAUUGCCCCAGCACUAUUUAUUGAAAAAAACUAUUUCCUCCAUUGAAUUGUCUCAGCACCCUUGUUGCAAAUAAACUGGUUAUGAGUGAGAGUUUA